AUGGCUGUAGUUUUGAGUCUUUUGGCUGGUUUAUUAUUCGUUCUAGCAUUAUACGGUGUCGUUUCAGUUUCGGCUCAGAAUAAUCCUGAGGAUUAUUCUGAGUCGGCCCAUUUGAUGACAAAUAUAAUGAACUUCUUGCAGCAGAGUGUUGUGAACAUGCUGUCCAAACAUGUCUGGCCUGAGAUGGAAUUUGGCUGGAAAAUUGUGGUUGGCACAGUGAUUGGGUUCUUCGGGGCAGCUCUUGGGAGUAUAGGAGGUGCCGGUGGAGGCGGCAUUUUCGUUCCAAUGCUCACUUUGAUUAUCGGGUUUGAUCCGAAAACUUCGACUGCAAUAUCUAAAUGCAUGAUAACUGGUGCUGCGAUUGCUACUGUUUAUUACAACCUUAAACUCCGGCAUCCUACACUCGAACUUCCCAUAAUCGAUUAUGAUUUAGCUCUUCUUUUCCAGCCAAUGCUAAUCCUCGGGAUUAGCAUAGGAGUUAUUUUUAAUGUGAUUUUUGCAGAAUGGAUGGUUACAGUCUUGCUCAUACUUCUUUUCAUAGGUACUUCAACAAAAGCGUUCUUCAAAGGUGUCGAAACAUGGAAGAAAGAAACCAUAAUAAAAAAGGUGUGUUUUGAACCAUCGGAUAAUGGAAACGAAGAGGCUCCUUACAAGCUUUUACCCGCUGGCCCAACUAAUGAAACUAGAGUGCAGUUUAAUGAAAAUAAAGCAUCAAAGGUUUCUAUUAUAGACAAUGUGUACUGGCAAAAACUUGGCAUUCUUAUUGUGGUUUGGCUCAUCAUUCUCUUACUCCAUGUUUCGAAGGAUUUUACAUCUACUUGUUCUGCAUCAUAUUGGACAGUCACCUUACUGCAGAUACCUGUGGCUAUUGGAGCCUCUGGAUAUCAGGCCAUCAGCUUGUAUAAAGGAUGGAAAGUGAUUGAAUCCAAAGGGGAAGCAGAAAAUAAGUGGACAGUGAACCAACUUUUCCUUUGUUGCUUUAGUGGAAUAUUAGCUGGUAUUGUAGGUGGGCUGUUGGGCCUUGGUGGGGGCUUCAUUUUGGGCCCACUGUUUCUUGAGCUGGGAAUCCCACCACAGGUGUCGAGUGCCACAGCAACAUUGGUUAUGAUGUUUUCGUCGUCAAUGUCCGUAAUACAGUAUUACCUCUUGAGGCGUUUUCCGCCAACUUAUGCCCUCUACUUUGUGCUUGUGGCUACAUUUGCUGCAAUAGUCGGGCAGCACGUCGUGCGAAAGAUGGUCGGUAUACUGAGGAGAGGCUCGGUUAUCAUCUUCAUUUUGGCCUUCACGAUCUUCAUUAGUGCAAUCUCACUAGGUUGGGUUGGAAUAUCAAACAUCAUUGGAGAAGUUGAAGGCAGCAGCAUUGAAAACAUGUGGUUUUACAAUAUAUGUGAAUAUGUGCCAUAA